AUGGCCGCGGGCGGCUCGGGCAGCGGCGGCGGCGGCGGCAGCGCGGAGGAGAAGACCUACCGCCGCUUCCUCGAGCUGUUCCUGGGAGAGUUCCGCGGGCCCUUCGGGGCAGAGCCGGAGCCCGAGCCGGAGCCGGAGCAGGAGCCGGCGCCCCCUCCGCCCGCUGCCGACGCCGCGGGCGCCGCUGACGAGGAGCCCGGGGCAGAGGGAGAAGCGGGAGCGGCGGCCGAGGCGGAGGAGGGAGAAGGCGGCGAGGGCGACGCCGGCGACCCUCAGCCACCCGCCCCGCCGCCGCCGCCCCCGCCGCUGCCCCCGCUGCCCCGGCCGCUCUCGGAGUACAUCACGGAGGAGGAGGUGGAGGGCGAGUGCCUGGACCUCUGCCUGCAGCAGCUCUACAAGUAUUCUCAUCUGCCCUCUGCGUUUGUGGACGAUAGGGACGACACAAUGAUAGCUGCAGAGGACAAAGCUCUCCUAUUCACACAUGCUCACCCUGCCACCUUUGGAAAGUCUCUGGAAUACAGCAGCACAUUCAUGGGAUGUGUGACCUCCCUGGAUCAGAUUAAAAUACCUUCUGGUGUGUUUCUCUUUCUCUUUUCCAGUAAUUGCCCCUCAUUUUUGGCCGCUGCUUUAGCAAGAGCAACCUCAGACGAGGUCCUGCAGAGCGACCUCUCGGCACAUUUCCUACCAAAGCACGUGGACAACGCCGACGGGAUCAUACAGAUCGAGACAGUGAAGUUGGCCCGCCUGGUUUUUAGCAAACUGCACGAGAUCUGCAGCAACUGGGUGAAAGACUUCCCCCUGCAGCCCAAGCCCCACCGCUACUACGAGACGUCCAUCCACGCCAUCAAGAACAUGCGCAGGAAGAUGGAGGACAAGCACGUCUGCAUCCCUGACUUCAACAUGCUCUUCAACCUCGAGGACCAAGAAGAACAGGCCUAUUUCGCGGUGUUUGACGGCCAUGGGGGAGUGGAUGCUGCCAUUUAUGCCUCCAUCCACCUCCACGUGAACAUGGUGCAUCAGGAGAUGUUCCAGCACGACCCAGCCGAGGCUCUGUGCCGAGCCUUCCGCGUGACCGACGAGCGCUUCGUCCAGAAGGCAGCCAGGGAGAGCCUGCGUUGUGGAACCACCGGGGUGGUGACUUUCAUCCGAGGGAAUAUGCUGCACGUGGCCUGGCUUGGGGACUCCCAGGUUAUGCUCGUGAGGAGAGGCCAAGCUGUGGAGCUGAUGAAACCCCACAAACCAGACAGAGAGGACGAGAAGAAGCGCAUCGAGGCCCUGGGUGGCUGCGUGGUCUGGUUUGGAGCCUGGAGGGUGAACGGGAGCCUGUCUGUCUCCAGAGCUAUUGGGGACGCCGAGCACAAGCCAUAUAUCUGUGGGGAUGCAGACUCUGCCUCCACGGUGCUGGAUGGCUCUGAAGACUACCUCAUUCUGGCCUGUGAUGGCUUCUACGACACCGUGAACCCCGACGAGGCAGUCAAGGUGGUGGCUGACCACCUCAAGGAGAACAAUGGUGACAGCAGCAUGGUAGCACACAAAUUGGUGGCGUCUGCCCGGGAUGCCGGUUCCAGCGACAACAUCACUGUCAUCGUGGUCUUUCUCAGGGACAUGAACGCGGCCGUCACCGUCAGCGAGGAGUCGGACUGGACAGAGAACUCUUUCCAAGGGGGGCAGGAAGACAACGGGGAAGACAAGGAGAACCAUGGAGACUGCAAACGGCCGUGGCCCCAGCACCAGUGCUCAGCACCGGCAGAUUUAGGGUACGAAGGACGAGUGGAUUCCUUCACCGACAGAACUAGCUUAAGCAUAGGGUCCAGCAUCAACCUGCUUGAUGAUCAAGGCUAUUUAGACCUGACAAAACCAGAAACUAGUACACCUCAGAGUGCCAAAUGUCUGCCACCAGUCCAAGUGUUUAGUCCUGGAAUACCAAAGAGUGCAGAUUUGAUCAGCAGCUUCCCAGCGAAGGGCGAAUCCCCAGAGCGCGCCACGGCCUCGGUCUGCGGGCAGAGCCACCCCGGGGAGCACGACGCUCCCCUGAGCUCGGGUGCUGCAGGGCAGGGCUUCUACAGGGUGAAGGGGUUAUCCCCCAUCUUCUCUGGGCUGGAAGAUGAACUGUUCGAAUCCUUGGGAAAACGAGCCACGUUCCUCCACGUCCGGCUCUGCAGCGGGAAGAGGCGACGAGCAGCCAGGCUCACACCAAAGUUUCACACCCCGCUCUGGGCUCAGGAGCCUUCCCACCUAGAAGGAUCCACCCUGCCCUUCCCUGUCCGGGGCCGCAGGAGCAGGAGGGCGUGGGCCCGACCCUCCCCCUGGCAGAGGCUGCUCAGUCGUAACACUUACAGCGAGAGCAUGUUUUUGAUGCGAAGACAAAGUAAUUGUAUACCAGACCCACCCCUCCAUCAAUGCUGUAAAAUGUAACCACCCCCUCGUGUUCCCCCUGUCAGACUCCCAAAGUAGACAUUCCCAAAAUAAAAACUGGCAUCAUCAGAGAGCGAAAAUAGGUGGGCAUUUCCGAACUGUACUCCAGUCCCCUGCAAAGCUCCAAACCCUGUGUAAAUAGACCUAGGAAUUAACAAAUGUAGUUGUCUCAAAUCUCAAUAAAGUUUGCUGGUGGUGCCACCCUGAGCAAUUCCGCAGCCGCCCGACCACCCGCACACACGAGUGUCCAGCCACAUCCACCAGGGAAAGCCAAACAGCCGCUUCACGUGGACAGACUCCGUCAGGGCACAGUCCUUAGACACGCAGAAGGCUGCACCUGCCUGAGGAAUGUCUGUGCAGCAAUACUUACAGCACGGUCUGGUUCAGAACUGCCAAAUUUUUCUAGAGCGGGGGGAAGUUUCCGUAGAGUCGAGGUGUGGGGGGGGGUUUCUUGUGUUCUGCUUUCUGUUUGUUCCAGGUGAGCGUUAAGGUGAAUUAGGAAUCACAUCCACUUUUGCAGGUAGACGACUAAAAGCCAUACAGGGUUUACCAGGUACCUUAGGAAUGGACACACUAAGCUCCUGCUGCUCUGGUCUCAGACUCCUGUUGAGGUACAGACUCAUAAUUUACCUUUUUUUUUUUUUUUCCAUGUAACAUAAAAUGCGGAAUAUGAAGAAAACUUUUCUUGUAGUUAAAAAAAAAUCCUGUUUUCCUGUGGCUGGAGGUGCAGUGUAGGGAAUUUCAUACCUUUCUGGUGCUUUUAGUGGCAUUUUUCUUGUUUCUCAGUUUAGGAAACUGUUCUCAGUUGAACAUGAUUGUGCUUAAUGCUUUGAGCCAACCUCUUCCCACCCUAACUUCAUCUCAGGUCUUAAAAGAACAAAUCCAUGAAGAAGUUCAGGACAACCCCCUGUCCCUCCGCCUGUCGCACCGGAGAUCAACUGGAUGAGCUGUUUGGUUUCAUUAAUGAUUUCUAGAUGGCAGAGGCAUCCUUUAAUAUCAAAUUUCAGCAUGAAGGAUGGUGGGUGCAGCGCCAGGGCUGCCGUGGGGUGUUGUCAGGGUGUGUAGGAACGGAUGCCGGGCUGCCGGAGCGAUCCAGAGCGGGUGGAAAUGCUGAGCAUGCGGAUGAGCAGGGGCUGUCCUUGGGUGGAAUUCACUGCUCUGGGUCCCCCUGGGGCCAGGGGGGCCAGUGAGGAAUGUCAGCUGCCCCGGUUUGGCAGGGGCCACCAGCCCCUCCUCGCUCCCCAGGGGACGUUCCACCCUCAGGGAGCCGUUAAUUGGGACGUAAAUAAGCAGCCGAUUCCCAUCAGCUCCACUAAGCCCAGAUCCUGUUACUGUCCUUUGUUACACUAAGACAUUUGGAGGAGUAUGAAUAAAGUCAGUCUUCAUAGGCACUUAGUGUACCAUUCAUAUCACUUUAGCAGUAACAAUAGCAGUAUUAGUGUUUAGCUAGAAUUUGCAAAGUAUUUUAAUAUUAAGAGGAGAUUAUUCAACACGACGAGAUGGCAAGGCUUGAAUUCUGCCAAUUUCCGCUGCUUCUAUCUUUGAUGCACUAUUUUAAAAGCAAUCUGAUGAACAGCAAAAGGCUUUGUGAGCAACCAGGAGUUGGAGUGUGGCUUCAGAUUCCUUUGAUCUUUUUCAGACUUUGUUUUAAUCUUACGGGAUCAUUGGCUCUUAUCUGUCAUCUUAUUCCGCCUUAGCUGUUGUCGAUGUUCUCUUCAGCUGCAGCUCAUGUUCCAAGUCAGAUUUACCAAGGAAAUUUGAGAAACCAUGAAAUGGUAAAAUAUGCAACUCUGGGGCAUCUCUGUGGUGCCUUUGUUUUAAAUUAUUCACAGUAAUAAUGGCUCGUUGGAAGUCCAUCUUUAGCUGACUGUCGUGUUCCGGAGAGAAAGGUGGUGUAAGUGCAAUUCUUUGUGUGAGUAACUUAAGAGUGAAAACCCAUUAUGGAUGACAAAACUUCUUCCCAGUCUGCAGGAGCAGUUGAAGAGCACUGGACUGCAUGUGUGCUGUUUUGGGAAGGAUUUAGCUUUUUAGGUGUGGAUUCAUAAAUGAUAAUUCUGUGACUCAUCCCAUUUAUCCUGCUAGGAGAAAACAACCCACCAUCGUAGUUCCAGUGUGGUCAGGUAAAACCAUUGUAUAGAUAGAGCAAGUGUUCAUUUCUUCACUAACUGCAUAUUUAUAGAGUAGAUAGGAACCAUUUGUAAGGUAAGUCCUUUAAAGUUCUAUAAUAUUAAAAGUAGUGGUUAUUGGUCUGAUUAUGCUGCUCUUGAUUCUACAACUAGACAAAAAGCAGUGCUUGUGAAAUGCAGUGUUUUCUCUUAAUGCCACUGGUGAUAGGAAGUAGUUCUCUUCAGUUCAAACUCCUGUGCCCUUAUUUGCUGCUUGCUGACGUAAGCAAUAAUCCCUCUCUAACAGUAUCUAAGUGUUCUGUAUCUCGUACUUUGAUUGUCUAUCUGGUGACAGUGUAAAACCUUAGGCUAAUAGAGAAGUAUCUCAUUGUAUUUAUUAACUGUUGAUACUGAGAUUCAGUCUGUGACCUGUGUUUUGUAUUUUUAUCGUGUAUCUUUAGUGGUGGUGAAAUUUGUAUAACGAAUCUUUCCAAUAAAGAGCUGAAGUAUCCCUUUCCCGCGUUAACACAACCCCAUCCGUUCCGGUUGGCGUGGUCACCGUGGUGGCAGAACCAGGAGGGAGCAGCGAAAACAUGACUUUAUUUUUUUUUUUUGUGUUUCAGUCUGUGUUGGUUUUGAGGAAGGGGCUCCAGGCUGGUUCUGUCUGAAGCCGCUCCAACCUCGCUCGUAAGCUCUUCACUGUGAGGACUGGCGGGAUUCCCGCGAUCCCGGUAGUUUCCUGUGUACUUUUCCAUGUGCAACUCUGAGGAAUGUGUGCGGUGCAGAGAGCAGAAUAGCACCAGAGCAGGGAGCUGUUAACCCAUUUGAUUUGCACUAAAGGUGGGUGGAAACACAUGUAUAUAUAACUUUUCUUUACCUAGAAGUGCCAUCCAUUGUCCUUGCGAGUUCAAACCAUCCCGUACCUGAGUUGGGUCGCGUCGUGACGCUGAAGGACAAUGUCAAAGCAGACUUUACCUUAUGCCACGUUUAUGGUGGUGCAUCAUCGUAGAAACUCCGCCUGUUUUUGGAACACUGUGUGUCGGUGAGACCGUUGUCCCAUGGGCAGAUGAGGCACAAGGAGUUUGUGUAUAGACAUGGCUGCUGUAGUUCAGGUCCACUGUCUCCUCCCUGAAUCCUCCCGACCCCGGCAAAGCUCUGCGGGAAAGCAAAACGAGAAAGAUUGGUCUAAAUUAGGGGCUGUUUUAGCACAGUUUACUCCACCAGUCACGCAAACAAAGCCAUCCAAGGGGAUACUGCAGCUUCGUUCAUGGCUGUAAUUUAGGGCAAUCUUUCUUUAAUUCACACCCUCUCUGCAACAGGAACAAAAACUCCCUACCCUUGUAUCAUGUGCAAUAAAUAACGAAGCAUUAAGGCGACCUCUGGCUCCGAUGGCCGUAUCCUCCUCCAGCCCUCGCGACUCGGCGACGGCUCCUGCCAGCAUUAGAGCUAAAGAGAAACAACCCCACCUGUCAGGGCCUCCCACAACUCCUGGGCAGGGUCUCCUACAACUCCUGUACGUCGCACUCGCCUUGUGUCCGGUUUUUCCUCUCCUUCCCUCUAGAAGACACCUCUGGACAAGAACAGGGGAAGUGGCUGAGCUCACCCCCAGUGCUGCUGCUCGUGGCCAGCCAGGCGUGGUGUCAGCUCCUGGGUGCUCCUGUUGACCUUUCUGUAGUACCUUGGUCAUGAAACAUGUUCUUUAUGAAGUGAAUAAAUUAAAGCUAAUCAUGUACCAGUGUUGGGACUUUUCCAUUUGCAACCUUGUUCUACAGUUCACCCGCGAGUUUAGUUAUAACCAUGUAUUAGUCAUCCAUAUUUUAUUUAUGAAAGCUGUUUAUACAGGAAAAACUGUUUUACCAAUAUCUUAAUAAAACAGUAAUUUAAACCA